CAUAUCAUUCCAGUGCCAUGAAGGUAUUCCUCAGUACUCUCCUGAUAUUUCUUUCUAAAGGAAUAUCAGCAGAGACUGGUGAGGGGUCAUGUUACAACCCCGCUGGAGAAGCUGUGAGAUGUAUGCCUGACUUUAUCAACAUUGCCUUCCGAGCCCAGGUCUUUGCAUCCAACACUUGCGGAGAUCCACCAUCACAAUACUGUGUUCAGCAAGAAACUGGUGUUCCUAACUUGGAUGAUGAGAACUGUUACGAGUGUGACGCUGGUGACCCAGAUCUCAGCCAUCCAACAACAUAUUUGACUGACAGAAAUGAGGUCGAUAAUCAGACUUCCUGGCAAUCAAACACUUUGUAUGAUCAGAACAUUGGUAACAUGACAUUGCACUUACCUUUCAACAAAAGUUUUGACAUCGAGUACAUUAAAAUCGAGUUCCAAAGUCCCAGACCAGAGAGCAUGGUGAUAGAGAAAAGUUCAGAUUACGGACGAAACUGGGAGGUUUAUCAGUAUUUCUCCUCGACAUGUUACAAAACUUUCAACAAGAGGACUGAUGAGGAGAUUUACCCUUGGGAUGAAGCUAAAGCUAUUUGCACAGAUAAAUACAGUGAAAUAUCUCCACUACAGGGGGGAGUAGUCGCCUUCAGUCCUUUGAAAGAUCGUCCAGGUGCUAAAGAAACAGAGCAGUUGUUUAACAACCCAGCACUCCUUGCCUGGAUGCGCGCAACAGACAUCAGGAUCAGGCUGAUCAAUCUCAACACAUUCGGCGAUCAGUACUUCUCAAAUGCGAAGAACGAAGUAAUGAAGACCUAUUAUUACUCUAUUUCUGAUCUAUCAGUCGGAGGAAGAUGCACGUGUCACGGUCACGGAGAGUACUGUACGACGAGCGCGUGUGAAUGUCUCCACAACACAGCUGGCAAGAACUGUGAGCGUUGUCUCGACAUGUUCAACGACCUUCCCUGGCGAGAGGCCACCACGGAGAAUCCUUUCGUUUGUCAAGAAUGCGACUGUAACGGUUUGGCUAGUCGAUGUGUGUUUGAUCAACAGGUAUUUGAUGAUAGCGAGUCUGUCAGUGGUGGAGUAUGUGUGGGCUGUAGGGCUAACACUGCUGGACAACACUGUGACGAAUGUGCCCAUGGUUUCUUCCCUAAUCCUGAGCUUGCUGUCGGUCAUGUUGACAGGUGUCGGGCUUGCCAGUGCAACGUAUACGGAAGUGUGGGCGAUGGAGCGUGUACCCAGACUCUCGAUGUUAACAGAGGACUCAGUUUCGGAGACUGUCAGUGUAAACCUAAUGUUUUGGGUGUUAACUGUGACACGUGCGCUGACGGUUAUCAUUCCCUUCAAGAGGGCUGUCUUAGGUGUGACUGUGAUCCUGUCGGAACAAAGGGCAACCACAAACUUUGUGAUAAAGCUACUGGACAAUGUCGGUGCAGAAACAACAUUGCUGGACUACAGUGUAACGAGUGUCUACCUGGAUAUUACGGAUAUCUGACCGGUUGUGAGCCUUGUUCCUGUAACCUUGCGGGAUCCUUCUCGAAGGAAUGCGACCAAGAUAGUGGGCAGUGUCAGUGCAGAGACGGCUACGAAGGAAAGGAAUGUGCCAAUGUAGAACAGGGCACUUUUAUCCCGGACAUGGGAUCCCUUGUUAUCCAGCCAGCCGAGAGCGACAAUCUCAUCGACGGUGGUGACGGUGAUAGUGAAGACAGUACUAGCACAUCAACCAUGCCUUAUGACACCCUGGACCCUGAUGUGAAUCCUGAUGGAACCGCAACAACACCUACACCAGCUGGUCCUUCUCUGGACAAUAUUGAAGACAUGCGGACGUCUGAGGGUCCUAGUUCAGGAAAUGAUAAUCUAGAGGGCCAACCUACUAAGGAUCCUAGUGAUAAUAAUGGUGGUAAAAAUAAAGGUGAUAAAAAGAAUAAAGAUAAAAAGACUCCGGACGACAUUCAGGACGACCCCAGUAAGUUGUCCAAAAAAGGUGACGAGGUUAACCUCUUCUUUGUACCGCCUCGUGAUGACGAGUACAUUUUGGUCCUCCAGUACUCUUACCCCAUGGGACCCAAUGCCAGAAUCAGGUUUACACUGACAGCACUGGACACACCAGAGGACAUUAUGCCUAUAUGCGAGGCUAAACAAGUACAGUUCUGGUCUGAUGAGCUCUCAACAACUAAUGGUGUUGGAGUUUUCAAGAUAAGGAAAGCUUGUAUGGACGAUAACACGAGGUACCACCUGAAAGUAGAGUUGUUGGACGAUCUGCCUGGAGAGAUCACUAUUGGAGGAGUCAUUCUUCUCCCCCAACCAACACCGGACACGCUGGACAGGAUAAACGAUCUGUUCCCGGACACUGAGGAAGGUCAGGCCGCCAGAGACUACUGUAUGGAAAUAAUUUUCAUUUACCCGAGACCAGUUUUAUUGGAACAAUUCCCUGAUUGUGUACCAGUGUACGAUAUAGUUGUACCCACAAUAACUGACGGUACUGUCAGGUGUAACUGCGAUAGAGACGGAGCGUACGAGCCGGACAGAUGUGAAUUGGAGGGGGGACAGUGCAGUUGUAAACCUAAUGUACAGGGACUCAAGUGUGAUGAGUGCAAACCAUCUUUCUUCAACCUGGGACCAAAUGGAUGUGAAGCGUGUGGGUGUUCACUUAUUGGAUCUGAGAACCAGAACUGCGAUCAGGAGUCUGGAGAGUGCAAGUGCAAACCUGGAGUCAUGGGUGAUCAAUGUGACCAAUGUGAGCCGACCUACUACGGGUACGGAAUGGACGGCUGUGCCACGUGCGGCUGUAGCUCCACAGGAAGUACUUCCAUGCAGUGUGAUGCUUACGGACAGUGUCCAUGUAAACCCGGCAUCGGGGGAAUACAGUGCGACAGAUGUGACGACGGACAUUACGACUUCUCGGUGACUGGUUGCAAGCAGUGUGACUGCAGUAGUAUUGGAGGUAGUAACCUGUGUGACCCUGAUACCGGGGACUGUAGGUGUAAGGAGAAUGUGGAGGGGGACAAGUGCAUGACUUGCAAGGACAAUGCCUUCUCUCUUCAGCAAUCGAACCCGGAGGGAUGUCAGGCGUGUUUCUGUUUCGGGCACACUGAAGAGUGUGUUGCUGACACCACCUUCACUCCCAAGAGGGUUAUCAGUGAUUUCGAGAGGAAGGAUGAGGGAUGGAUGUACAAGGUGGCCGGAGAUAAGAACCUACUCCCUGUGGAGCACUCUCCAGUUCAGGAACACAUCAGGGUUACUAACGAGGGAGACAAGCCCCAGACUUUCUGUUUGUUUGCUCCCAAGAAGUACAUUGGAAACCAGCUUAGCAGUUUCCUAACUAAACUCAAAUUCAUGUACAACAUCAAAGGAUCACAGUCGAGUAUAACACAGAUAGUGAUAAGAGGAGAGCCCUACACUCUGACACUCAUUCCUCGUGCUAACCCUGGCGACAAGUACAACAUUCUGAUGCACCCCUCUGAAUCAUGGUUGGUAUCCGACACCGGGAACGAUGACACCAAGUCCGACCAAUAUACUUCCAGCAUGUUCCAGUCUGUAAUAGGAGAUAUCACUUCUAUGGAGAUCUGUGCUACUGUGUACCAGGGAGAAAGUAUUCGAUUGGAGGAGUUCAGUAUUGGUGGUGUGGAGAAGAAGAGCGGCAGGAAGGACAAGACUGCGUACAAUAUUGAGAGUUGUGAUUGUCCUCUGGGAUACGAUGGCAGUUCGUGUGAGGAAUGUGCAGCAGGAUACAGAAGAACUUCCCCCGAGAUGGGUCAAAUGAGUCCUUGUGAGAGGUGCGAUUGUAACAGUUACAGUAACCAGUGUGACCCAAUCAGUGGUCAGUGUUUGGAUUGUCAACACAACACUGCUGGAGACUCUUGCGAGGUCUGUGAGGACGGUUAUUACGGUAACCCUGGUUACGGUAACCCCAGAUCAUGUAAGAAGUGUCAGUGCCCCGAGGCAGACAGGUCCUUCUCCAACACCUGCGAGAUUCAGGACGGCAGCUUUGUUUGUACUAACUGUACCCUUGGUCAUGCUGGUGACAGAUGUGAGGUGUGUGCUGACGGUUUCUUCGGAGAACCAAGUUACGAUAACCCUAACCAAGUCUGUACUGAGUGUACUUGUAACGACAACAUAGAUCCUGACGCAGAGAAUAACUGUAACACAAUUACCGGACAGUGCCUGAAGUGUAUCGGAAACACUGCCGGAAGAUACUGCGAGGAAUGUGCGAGAGGUUACUUCGGAGACGCUAUCGAUGCUAAGAACUGUGCUAAGUGUGAUUGCGACCCAGAUGGUAGUAACAACAUGUACCUCUGUGACAUCGAGAACGGACAGUGUGACUGCAAACCAAAUGUUGUUGGUCAUCGUUGUGACAGUUGUAAGCCAGGCUACUACGACCUAGCAAGUGGUGACGGAUGUGAGGCUUGUGAGUGUGACCUGUUAGGAUCAUCUGACCUGCAGUGCAGUGAGGAUGGGUCAUGUUUGUGUAAUGCUGGCUACUUUGGUAUGAAGUGUAACGAGUGUAGUGCAGGCCAUUACUAUGAUCCUAUUGUCGGGUGUGCUCCUUGUAACUGUAACGCAGAGGGCUCUGAAUCACAACAGUGUGACUCUGAUGGACAGUGUGAUUGUAAGGGAACUGUACAGGGCAAACAGUGCGACAUCUGCCCAAGCAACAUGUUCGACAUCAGCGAAGGAUGUCUCAAUUGUCCAGAUUGCUACUCAUUGGUGGACCGUGAGGUGGACCUACUCAAGGUGAAACUAGAAGAGCUAAAAGAGAUCAUGUCUGAUGUAGACGCACCCACUAUCGAGGCGAGUCCUGACUUUAAGAACCAGAUAGAAGAGGUUCAGGAAGCAGUGAGAGACACAUUCGCUAAAGCUAACGAGACAGCUGCACUGGCAGAAAAACUCAGCAGUGCUCGAGGAGAUAUCAAUGUGCUGAUAGAAACUUUGAAGAACGAAAUGGAGGACACUAACGGUAUUGUCGAUAUUGUUUCUAGUACAGUCGACAAUUCUGAGAGGAAGCUCGAAAAUGCCAAUGAUGCAAUUGAUGAUAUCAAGAGGCAGCUGGAUGAGGGUGUCAAGAUGCUGUUAGAAGAAGGAAAGGCGGCAUUACAACGUGCUGAGGAUAACAUGAGUACUCUUUCUGACGAAAACACUGAGAUGCAGAAGAAAGCUAACCAAGCGAGACGAAUUGCCCAAGAGCAGGAAACAAAGUCCCAAGAAACAGUAGCAAUGGCUCUGGAAGCUGAGGAACUAUCAACCAGCGCUCUUGACACUGCUAAGAGUGCCAGGAACACACUGAGAGAUACACAGGAUAAGUUAGAUGAUCUUACAACAGAUUUAGGUGAACUGAAAGAGGAAUAUGAGCUAGCUAAGAGCGCUGCUACUAAAUACAUAUCCUCCGCCGAGGAUACUUUGCAGGCCGCCACACAACUGAAAGAAGCGGCGUGUAGCGCCAGCGGUAACUUGGAUCUGGAGGCCUUGAAGGGAAGUCUAGCUGCACUGGAUAAGAAAGCCAAAGCAGCAGCCGAUGACGCCAUACAGCUUCAGGAACGGGCUAAUGAGAUGAAGAAAACAGCUGACAGUACGAUUGAAACAGCUGAAGGUUUGCUUGCAGAGGGAGAGGAAGCAGACACUGGUAUGACACAACUGAAGACUAAAGCUGACGAAGCACUGUUACAGAGUCAGCAGGCUGUUCAGGAAUGUGCAGAACUCAUUAAUGACGCUCAGAAGCUAUUGGAAGUACUUCAGAACUUUGAAAGGGAGGUGGAGUUGGCUAAGGGUAAAGCUGAGAGCGCGGUUGCCGAGCUUGAUGAUUUGGAAGAUGCUCUGGAUGCUGCAGAGAGUAAGGUGCAAGCUGCUGGUAAGAAAUUAGGAGACGGUAAGAGAGAUAUGGAGGGGGUUCUGGAUUCCAUAAAGUCUGCUAAAGGCAAUCUGGAGUCAUCUCUGGAAAAUGCUAGAGAGGUCACCGGUAAAAUAAGUGAGUUGCUCGGUGGCUCCCAAACAGCGGCUGACGACGCGGAGACUCUCAAUGAGGACGUGGCGGCUGCUCUAGAGGAGGUCAGACGGCUCAGGAACGAGGCUGCUAACGGCACUUCCCUACUCAAGGAGGUCCUGAAGAAGGCUGCUGAUAGCAAGGCUAACGCCAACAGUUUUGCGAGCACUGUAGAUGCAGGGGACAGGAAGCUGAAGAACCUACAGAGACAGUUGGAUGAUAUUGACAGUUUGGAUGCUGCCAGACUCCAGGAGCUCAUUGACGAGCUCACUCAGGCGGACCAGAAGAUGGACGAGGCUGGCAUUGACGAUAAAAUAGCUGAGAUGAAGCAGAUAUCUUCGGAUCAAGAUGAUAAGAUAGCUUACUACAGAUCACAAAUACUGAUGAUGCGGGAGGAGAUCUUAACAUUGGAGAAAAUAGAAGCAGAGCUUCCCGAUGACACAGAAUGUUACAAUCCCAAUAAUGUGUAAAAUUUACCCAUGGAAUGCUAUAUGAUGUCACGUGGUAUGCAUUUUGAUGGCAUUAUGUGACAUUUUGAUGACAUGAGUAAUUUAGGAGAUCAUAUUUGUGACACUCAAACAACACGAAAGUGUGAGGACUUGUUCUAUGAUUAAUGGAAUGCCCUGUUAACGAUAGUGAAUAUUAUGUGUCCUCAAGCUGAGCUUGAGGCUUGGAGUCAGACGCGAGAGAUAUUUUAUAAUCCUUACAUUUUUACCAUAAUUUUAAUUUAACUUGUACAUAGGAUUCAUUCAUAACACAAACGCAACUUUAACCGUACUAGAUAUAUUAUGCUUUAUAGCUUUAUAGGACAAUUUUAGACGAUGUUUAAUAUUACUGUACAAAUAUUACCUUUGUAGACAUUUUACAUUUAAAAUUUUCUAACCCACACCCAGAGUAUAUUAAAAUGUUUUUACAAAGAUUUAGUUUUAUAUCGAUUUAUCAUUUUCAUUUUAUAGAAACAAUUGCUUAACUCCAUGUUUUUAUACUAUAAUAUUUCAAAGUUAAACUGUUUGAUAUA